AAUAAAUGGAUUAUAUUAGAUAAAUAGUUUCAGGAAAAAAAAAGAGAUUCAUUUCAGAUGGGUAUAAUUUAGAUUUAACUUACAUUUGUGACAGGAUAAUUGCAAUGGCCUUUCCAGCAGAAGGAUUUGAAAGUUGUUAUAGAAAUCCUAUUGACAAGGUAUUAUUUAUGUAGAAUAUUUAGGUUGUAAAAUUUUUAGAGAAGAGACAUGGUAAUAAUUAUUUAAUAAUGAAUUUAUCAUCACGUACAUAUGAUUAUUCUAAAUUUAAAAAUCAAGUAAAAAAUUAUCAGUGGAAUAAUCAUCAUGCUCCUUAAUUACAUUUACUCUUUAACAUGUGUAAAUCUAUGUAAGAGUUCUUCAAUUAGAAAUAAGAAAAUGUUGUUGUUGUUCAUUGUCUGGCUGGAAAAGGAAGAACAGGUACAUUAAUUUGUUGUUACCUUUUAUAUUGUGGAAUGUUUAAUUCAGUAAAUGAUGUUCUAUAAUACUAUGAAAAAUCUAGAUUCAAUGAUUAAGGUUUAGGUGUUAAUUAACCAUGUCAAAUUCGUUAUAUUGAAUACUUCAACUAAUUAUUAUAAGGUGAACUCAUUUAUCCAAGUCUUAAAUAUUUUAGUUCAAUUAUUAUUGAAGGUGUACCAAAAUUUAAUAUAGAUGAUGGUAGUAAACUAUUCGCUAAAAUUUAUCAAAAUUAAUAACUUAUUAAAGACACAGAAACACUUAAAAUUGUUUAAGAAAAUUAAACUAAUUGUAUAAUAAUCUCCCCUAAUCCAAUUAUUAUUCAUGGAGAUAUUUUAAUUGAAUUUUAUAACUACAACCUUGUUAAAACUAAAUUAAUUAUGAGAAUAUCAUUUAAUACAUCUUUUAAUACUAAAACAUUUCCAAAAGAUUAAAUUGAUCCAUUUAAAAUAAAAAAUGAUUCAAGAGUACCUGAUAAUUUUAAAAUACAUGUUUGUCUAUCAGAAUAUUGUAAUAGUUGUGAUUAGACUACUAAUUUUACUGAAAAAUGUCCUGAUUGCAAAUAAACAUUAAAUCAAGAAAGGUUAAAUUGGCACUAAAUAAAAGAAGCUCUAAAGCUAAAAGGUGUAAAUGUUAUAAGACAUUUUCCUUAAAAUUUCUGA